AUGCAGCCUGGCGACCUGCUGAGCUCAGCUGACAGGCCCGUGGCCUGGUGCAAGGUUUUGUGGCGUCCGCAGAGUUCAUAUUGGUCCUGUGGGGCGAGCAACUCGCCAUGCCCAGAGGUGCAUCUAUGUGCGCUUGCAAUCGAUGGCAGACAUGAAGAACGGAACCGGUGUCCCUUGCACACUGUGCAAAGCAACACGAAGUCAUGUGUUUUGUCACUUCCUCGGCAGUGCAAUGCAUGGUUUGAUACACUGAGCGUAUCAAACAGGGCACUGUGUGCAAGGACACGCCUGGCCAAUGUCCGUAUUUAUCCCGAAGAUGCCUUUGAAUGGGCUUCCCCUCUUGAGUAG